AUGAGGCUUCUACACAACGGCCUGUUCCUAGUAACCGUUUGCACUGCUACAGCAACAUUGUUGCCGGAACCACGAGCUGCUUCCUCGACAACUACUCUCCUCGAAGACAUUCCGAAGUGCUCAUUGCCGUGUUUCGUUGAUCUAUUGCAAACAGCAGAAUGUGGCAGCUUGCCAUUCGGACCAUGCGUGUGUACGAACAUGCGCCUUCAAUCUCAAGUUUCAACAUGCGUACAAACGUCCUGCAUGUUCGAAGAACAAGUCGUAACAUCCCGCAUAUCGCAAGAGUUCUGCCACGGCUAUCCGAUUCCUGAGUACCGUCGCAAUUUCUGCCGAGUUUUCCUUGUCGUUCUGCCUGCAAUAACGGCUGUUGUUGUCGUUAUGAGAUUCAUAUCAAGGAGGAUAGGCAGGAUCCGGCUUUGGUGGGAUGACUGGACAGCACUGAUUGCUUUGCUUUGCUUAACGAUAACGCUGGGAUGCGGUGUCGCAAGUGUCGAACUUGGCUUUGGCCUUCAUUUCUGGCACGUGGAACCUGGAAAUUCAAAGCCUAUCCUUCAAGUUUGUAGUCCCCGGGCCCUAUUUCCAAUAUCACUGAUUUGUCCUAGCAUCGCUGCCAAAAUUUCUAUCUGCGCCAUGUACCUACGGAUCCUCGUCGACCGCUGGUCCCGUAUAACUGUUAUUGGCCUCAUUGCGUCCCUUAUAAUCCAGACACUUUUGUUCUUGUUCCUGGUGGUGUUUCAAUGCACACCGGUUCAGUCGAUAUGGGACCGGUCCAUUCCCGGGUUCUGUCUCAACAUUCAAGCCAUCGGCUAUGCAGGGGCAGCUUUCACAAUCACUUAUGACUUCAUCUUUAUCGUCCUGCCAUUGCCUCAGCUCUUGAAACUGAAUAUAGCCUUGCGCAAGAAAUUGGUUCUGGCUUUUCUAUUGACGUUGGGCUCAGUCCUUCCUGCACUACGGCCGCUAGUCAACAAAGUGAAAGAAACAAUGAGAUCGUUCGGUCGUCGGGAGCACAACGAAUCUGUUGCAGGGUGUGAGGACCAGGCCAAGUUGAGCGAUCUCGGUCAAUACCAGGCAUCAGACAAGUCUUAUGUCUUGCCAGAUUCUCCAAGAAAACUAGACGCGCAACACGAGAGGCAUCCUACCUCGGAUGCCAUUAGUUCGCUUAUACUACAGAAAACGCAAUCUUUCCCACGUGCUACAACCAACUUCCGGGAGCUUACAUGUAGCUAUCCCAUCCUGCUUAGUAGAAAGGUUCUCGGGAUGCCAGACUGA